CUGCUUGGAGCUUGUCAACCGCACGAUCCAGUUUCUGUAGCUGCCUGCUGCAAUGAAAAUAUCUCCGUUGGUGGGUGGAUAUAUGGGCCCGUUUCCAUCAUUUUUUACCAAACACUGACUGAGUAAAAGUGAGCCGCUGCCGAAGGCAUGUGGCGGAUAUUAUGGCUCAUAGCUGGCUUACACCCCUUGGGAGCCAACAGCUGGCCGGCUCAUGCCAUCCUGUAGCCGGGCCCCCUCCACCUGAGCUCCAUGCACCUCCUGCAGCAUAUCUUUUGACUUCAUGAAGAUCCCUGACAUCGGUGAUGUAAUGAAUAAAUUUGAAGUCCUUGGGAUUGUGGGUGAAGGUGCCUAUGGUGUUGUUUUGAAGUGCCGACACAAGGAGACCAAUGAAAUUGUGGCCAUUAAGAAAUUCAAGGACAGUGAAGAAAAUGAGGAGGUUAAGGAAACAACACUGCGGGAGCUUAAGAUGCUCCGCACUCUCAAGCAGGAGAACAUUGUUGAGUUGAAAGAGGCCUUCCGCAGAAGAGGAAAGCUAUAUCUUGUCUUUGAGUAUGUGGAGAAGAACAUGCUUGAGCUGCUUGAGGAGCUGCCCAACGGUGUGCCAACUGAGAAAGCACGCAGCUACAUCUACCAGUUAAUCAAAGCAAUCCACUGGUGCCACAAGCACGACAUCGUUCACCGGGACAUAAAGCCAGAAAACCUUCUCAUCAGCUCUGAUGACGUCCUCAAAUUGUGUGACUUUGGCUUUGCACGUAAUCUCUCAGAGGGGACCGAUGCCAAUUACACCGAGUAUGUGGCCACUAGAUGGUACCGCUCUCCAGAGCUCCUGCUCGGGGCUCCUUACGGGAAGGCAGUGGACAUGUGGUCAGUGGGCUGCAUUCUGGGAGAGCUGAGUGACGGACAGCCUCUGUUCCCAGGAGAGAGUGAGAUUGACCAGCUCUUCACCAUCCAGAAAGUGUUGGGACCCCUGCCACCGGAGCAGAUGAAGCUCUUCUAUAAUAACCCUCGCUUCCAUGGGCUAAGGUUCCCUGCUGUGAACCACCCCCAAACCUUGGAGCGAAGAUACCUGGGAAUCAUCGGCGGAGGUCUGCUGGACCUGCUGAAGAACCUGCUGUUGCUGAACCCGACAGAGCGCUUUCUCACAGAGCAGAGCCUGAACCACCACGCCUUCCAGACCCUGCGGCUGGUGGAGCGGCCCGGCCCACCCACACCUACACCUGUACGCUCCUCCAAGAGAAAACCUCACCAUGGAGACAACACCACCCCCAGCAGGAGCCAUGGGGGAAAGAGCUCAGGAAGCCACCGCUCCAGCAGCAGAGAGUGCUCCAGCCUGCCUCGGCACGAAGACCUCCACCCCAGCAACGACGGCUUUCUCAACGGCAACAUGCCCGCAGCGAUCAACCUCAGCCCCACCCUGCAUCCCAAGAAUUACCAGCCACAGAUCUUCAACCACUCCACCUCCUGCAGCAUGGACUUAGCCAGCAGCAACCUGCCUCACCUGCUCAGCCCCGGUGAGGCCAAAGGCAAGGGCGACCUGGGGCCCAAGGUGUCCGACGGCCCGGGAGCCAAGUACCUCAAAUCCAACUUCCGCUCGCAGCAGAACCGCCAUUCGUUUGUGGAAGGGAAAACCAACACGCUUCAAUCGGGGGAGAAACACGGUCGACACAGCUACAUGGAGUCUCACAGCUCCACACCCUCCUCCUCCAAGUUCGCCUACCUGAACUUGUCCAAGAGCUAUGGCACGCUUAGUGAUGCCAAGUCAGUGGGGAACUUAAAUGAUGUGCAUCUGUAUGCCGACGAGCCCACAUCUCGCUAUUUUCCUUCGAGCUGCCUUGACCUCACAGCUCCGAGCAGCCCUGCCGCCCGUCGUGUCGACAGACUGGGCCCUGGCACAGUUGGCCGAGGAAGCAUGCGGUCGGACAGAGAAAGCAACACUCUGGACUCCUCUUACAGGCGCUCCUCCACCCGCCACAAGGCCUCAGAAGAGGCCAAGUCGCCAGAUUCCCUGGACCCUGGGGAAAGUGGCGUCGAAAGGAGCCACGCUCACUCUCUGUCUGCCCCGCAUGAUCCUCUGUCUUACGGUCAGGGAUACACCAGCCCCUUCUCCUCCCAGCAGCGGCCUCACCGCCACUCCAUGUACGUACGGAGGGACCACCAGAGGACGCACGGGGCAGACGAGGGGCUGGCGGUGGGGCAGGGCAUACCUACCAGAGCCAGCAGCCUCCAGCUCCUGUCUCCACAGCUGCAGCACCGUACGCUGCCUCACCACUCUGGGGGCUCCUCCAGAGAAGAAGACAUGAGCAGGAGCGAACAGGCACCCACUGAGGUCACCCACAGCAGACCCCCAAUAAGGGACUCCACAAGGGACAACACUGCAUCUUUUCACACACAGCGGCAGAAAAGCGAGGUUGGCUUAUAUCAUGACCAGCAAACAGAGGACGGGGGCUCCUCCAAAGAGAAUCGCAACAUUUACAGUGAAUCCAUGCCCAGGAGGGUGGGAAGCUUCUACAGAGUCCCGUCCCCCCGGCCAGACAACUCCUUUCAUGAUAGCAGAGGUCAGAGCCGGGGCUCUGGCCUGUCCGGGGACGGCAGCAGUUUGACGAACCACUCCAAACGUCAGCCGGCCUUUGACCCUUGGACUGGCCCAGAUACUGUAGUGUUGAACCCCUCUGAGCCAUCCAAAGAAAAGGAGAAGCAGGGUUUCUUCAGAGCAAUAAAGAAGAAAAAGAAAAAAUCUCAGAUGAUGGAAGUCCCUGAUGGAAGACCUCCUGUCAUCAAGAAAUGUCUUUUCCCUCUGUUUAGCCCAAAGAAUAACAUAAAGCAUAGUUCCUCUGUGAGAGUCCUCCCUGUAGUGUCCUCUCCCAUGGUUCCUACUGACGGGGUGGACACAGUCAUUCAGAAGUCCUCCAGGUCUUCGAGUCACCAGAGCAGCCGCCACAGGACCCGUGACAAGAGCAGAGACCGGGACCAAGAGCGAGACAGGGACAAGGACUGGCCGCCUGAGAAACUGUCUGAUUCACACUCUCCAAGUCAGCCACUGAAGUCGCUGCGCAAGCUCCUGCACCUUUCAUCCUCAUCCUCCAACCAGACCACGCCCUCUGACAUGCGCUACCAGCCGAUGCCUAAUCCAGCCUCCACCCAAGGCGGUUUCACAGAAAGCCGGGGCCACUCAGGGGUUAGUACGCCCCAGCUGAAGAGCCGACAGACGGCCUACCCGCUGCCUGGACAGCUGGAGUCCGGCUGGCACACGUCUGCCCUGGGCCGCCCCGAGGGCAACCCCUACCCGGAGCAAAUGAGCAUCAAGGGAGGUCAGAACGGGCACGGCUUCGGACGCCCCUCCAGGUCUCGUAUGCCAAAUCUCAACGACCUGAAAGAGACGGCUCUGUGAUCUCAGUCACCCUACAGCUCUCACUUCACACCACGGUUUCCCCUCUGUUGCUCCUACAGCUCCCAUGGGUGGCAGUACACCUGCUGUACACACACACACACACACACAGAUACCAAACCUUCAGUUUUAAACACUGCUUGCAAACAGGCCAAAAGCCUUUUUAUGUCUAAAUUUUUUUUAAAGCUUCCAUGUUUGAUAGACUUUAUAUUAUUACGUAACUCUGAUUAUAAUUUGUAUUAUAAAGUAAAUAUAUUACAAAUUAAAUAUAUAUAAAUGGAUAGAUAAAGUGUAGAUUUUAAGUGUAAGUAUUUUUGUUUCUAUUCAAUAUAGAAAUAUAGUACAUUUUACUGCGUAGUAUUUCCUUAAGACUGUCUAAGGCAUUCUAAACCAAUAAAGUUUUAUCAGUUGUUACAAUAGAGAUCAGUAACGUCAGUAACUUGUGUUCAUCUCACCCAGGACUGUAACUCUUCGUCCGAGCUGUCUUGCCUCUGGAUGUGCUCUGUCGUACUGGUCACAGAUGCUCAAAUGUGCAACUACAAGUCGAAGCAGCCUUGUUCUUAAAAAUAUAAUGGUCGUGCAGUUUUCUGAGUUGGCACUGACAAUCUUAAAAGCUUAAAUCUGUUUGUUCUUUUUGAGGAUAUUUAGGUUUCUGUGUCUGAAAUGCAGCCAUGUUAGACUGUGUGUUGCCAUAAACUGACAGGAAUCCUAACCUACAUCUCCCUCUGUAGGACACAAUGAAGCACUGCAUUUACCACGCACUAACAUUUAGGCACUGACUUCACACGCUCAGAAUGUGCAAAACAUCGUUUCCAUAUAUAUUAUAAACAAAUAUCGUACAAUUUAAAACUAUGGCUACACCUCAGUCAUUUCAAACUGAACAAACGUAAUAACUGUUCCUUAUGCAGAUUAUACCGAAGAUCCUUUUGGUAGUAACGUAAUCUAAAACUAUUUACUGAAAUGUGUAUUUAUGUAAGUGUUACACCCUUAUGGAUGAAUCAUACAGUAGUAAAACCUUGAUACUUUGCACUGCUUUCAAGGAUCCAGUUAAUGGCAAAGGGCAUCUGAAGUUGAUACUGAAGGAUGUGAUCUUCUUCCCUCACUAUCAGGAGUCAAGGAAAUCUGUCUGUGGCUCAUUUCUUACUUAAAGAUUUCACAAAAAAAAGCUACUUCCAAGUGGUUUCAAUCGUAUAAUCAGUUAAAAAUGUUCAAAUACAUGCAAAAUGUUCUAUAAAGUUAAACUGCUGGAAAUGUUUGGUUUGUAAAAUGAAUAAUUGUGGGUGUGGUUUUUUUUCUAAUUCUUGUUAAAAAAGUUAUUUUUACAGCAGUUGGAGGAAUACAAAAGCCAUUCUGGGUGUUGUAGUGCAGUGGUUUCCAGCCUGUGUCUGACGUGCCCUUCAGCCCCGUUCUACAUCUGUUCAUUUAAACCGAAUGUAAUUUAACAUCGCUGGUUAUUUGAAAGUGGAUAUCAGUACUGUAAUGUUCUCAUACAGUGGAACUGUCAGUGUUAAGGUCGGUUUGGUGAAGAUAGCGUUCGUGCUGUUACCACCUGGACUAGCAGCAGCUGGAGGUUUCAGCCUUUUGUCUCUUACUUUUAACUGUUUUAUCUGUUUACUUUUAUUUUUAGCUAUUUCAACAAUGUUUCCAAUGUUUUUAGAUAAAUAGUUUAACUUUCCUUUUUUUUAAAACAAAUCUUUUCCAGCAUUUUUCAUUACUUCAAGCUAUCUGUUUAUUCAUCAACAGUUCAUCUGUUUCAGCUGUUUGAAAUACUUAUCUACAGUUCAGGUAUUAUUGCUGACUCAGUAUGUGUACUUUUUUUUCCCCCUAAUCUUUCAAAUUAGUUUCGACUGCAGAAACACGCCCUGGGCUGCAUGUACCCCUGGUCUGGAAUCACUGCACUGGUGUGUUUUUAACUGUGCACAAACUGAGGCACUUGGGACGAGCUUUUCAGAAACCUUUAAGUGGAAGCACGCUGGGGACAGAAGCUCUGUACUGUAACGUCGUUUUCUGUCGGAGAUGAAGUGUCAUGAAAGUAGCUUUGCAGAAAUAAAUCUUAAACUUUUUAAUGUUGCACUUUGAAGAGACUGUGUGGCUCAGCAAUAUUUCUCUGACGCUGUAAAUUCUUCCUCAGUUCCUGUUCAUCAUGUGCACAGUGUGUGAGGACUGAACCCGCGGAGCCGCAGGCUCCCGCAGUAACACACUGAGUCCAAACAUGACGGUACCGUGUUGUGUGUUGUGCAUCUGUAAGGACUGUGCACACUCCAUACAUGACACAAUACAUUUCCCUCUCUGGAUUAUUGUUCUGCUGAAGGAGCACGGUGUAUUAUAUUAAUACUGAUGUGUGACUACUUGUUUGGUAAUAUUUAUAACAGAAGAUGUUUAUCAACUGUUUAAAUGAAAUCAAGUAUUAUGUUUGUGCUUUUAUUACAGACACAAAUUAGUAGCAUAGUCAGUGUUUAUCUGCUUUUUUUUUUCAACAGAGCAUUUACAUGAGAACGUAAACCCACAAAUGAAUGCUUAACAAUUUUAGAAUAUUCAUGUUUACAUAUGUAACAGUAAAUCUCAAAUAAAACA